GUUUAUGGUACUGAGAAUUUGGUCUUAUCCACAGAACAGAGAUCAGUGUGAUGGAGAUACCUAAAAGAAUCCGUAACCCAAUCAAAAAAAGAAAAGUCAGUGAGCCAGUCACUGCCCUACAAAAUGAAGAACAAGAAGGACUUUAUGUUUUUCUAACAUUUGAAGAUGGAUAUACUGCAAGAAUUUGUAAGACCUGCGACAUACUUACAGAAAAGGAGUCGCCAAUUACUAGCUUUGAGGGACUCAUUCCAGGAGCUCGAGUUCUUGCAAGAUGGUCAGACAACAAAUUUUAUAAUGCCACUGUAGAUCACAUUGGGUUCUAUGACCAAAAGCAGGACCCGAGAAAGGGUGCAAAAAAGGACAUAAAAAGAAAUUAUGCAUCUGCUGAAUCAUUUUAUAACCAGAAUCGGGUCGCUUCUGCACCAGCUGAACAUGGUCCUUCCUCUGCACUAACCCAGCCUCCGUCUCCAGGAUUGCCACCAACCCAACAUCAAUCUGUGCAAUUACCAUGCUCUGUUAAGCCUUUUAAUCCACAGCCCAUGACACCAUCUGAGUAUUGUAAUCAAGACCAGCCAGGUUUCUUAGAUUUAGAUGAACAUCAAAGACAAACCAUUACACAUAAUUCAACCCCAAAAGAAACAUUUUUGGGGCUUCUGUAUAACCCGUCUAUACCUCACCCCUCAGCUGAAGUUACAAUUCAGGAUGACCAGCUUGGGUUAGAGCCUGAGGAGUAUGAAGAUCCCACAGUCAGAUCACAGAAUUCUUCCUAUGAAAAUGAACAAUGGGAGCAAUGUGAAACAUGCAAGCUGGAGGUACAGGCAUUACUUAAAGAGAAUAAGAUGAUGAAAGAUGUGCUUUCCAGCAUGAAUCUUGAACACCUACAGGUACUCAGAGAAUUUAUAGAUAAGAUGGAAGACUACAAAUCACGUGAAAGUGGGGUGCUGAUGCCUCAAACCAGACCUGGCCAACAAGAACUUUACCCAGACAGUGGGCUGCUCUUGUCCUCUACCAAACUAGCAGCUAUUCACCAAGAGUCAAAGAAGGACUGUCUUCGUCUUUUCCAUCUACUGUUUGAUCAGUUCUUCACUCAUGAAGAAUGUUCAAACUCUGUAGCAUUUGGAAAGCAUGGCAAAGUCCCAGAGGGCAAGACAAUUUUGGAUAAAAGUAAAGUAAAUGGAAUACUAACUUAUGUCAUGAGCUGCGGCAAAUGUCAUGGAUGGAAACCAGUUGAAAAGUCAAAGCUGAAGAAAGCCCUUAUAAACAAGUGUCGCAUGAGAUCAACUUAAAUGUUUAUGUAAUUGUAGUGUUACAUCAAUGAUGUUGUGUCAUUUAGUGGUAUUUUAUUUUGCUGUUUCUGUAUUUAAGUAUCUAUAUGUAGCUGUGCUGCAGUCUAGAAUUUUUUUUUUUUUUUUUAAAUGCUGCUUAUAAAGUGUAAAAAAGAAACUAUAUAUUUUAGUUUGAUAUUGUAGAAAACUUCUUUC